AACAAAAUUACAAAUUCUGGAAUUAAAAAUUCCCACUCUCACCACAGAAGUCAGAUACUCUGGGUCCCAAAAUACAGCUUAUGACUCAAAUAUUUUAUUCUUCUUCACAUCUCACAAACUUGUCCAGAUCCACUUCUUCUCAACGGUCAAACCAUGAAACUUCAUUAAUAAACAAAAAACCAAAUCCACCGAGCCCAUCUUCUCCAACAACUGAACCAAUCAACCCGAAAUCAAGAACCAAAAAUGGAGUCCGAAUUUCAAAAUUUCAUCAAGGUAUGGAUUACAGUCAUCAUUUCUUUAUGCUACUCUUACACCAUCGGAAAAUAUUUCUCCAAACCCACCAAAAGGUUCGUUUUAAUCCUCCCAGUUGUCUCUUUAUUCCUUUACCUCCCUCUAAAUCUACACUCUCCUCAUCUCGGUGGCACCACCGCUUUUUUCAUAGCGUGGCUGGCGAAUUUCAAGCUCCUUCUAUUUUGUUUUCAUAAAGGUCCUUUAUCUUCCGAUCCAAACAUUUCUCUACCACUUUUUGUCGCGGUUUCUUGCUUACCAAUCAAGAUUUCGAAAAACUCAUCUCAGACUACCCAAACCCAUGACCCGAAAUUGAAAAACGGGUUUGUUAAUUAUGCGAUUAAGGGUAUUCUUGUAGCGGUUAUGGUUCGUGGGUAUGAUUAUAGUGACCGUAUGAACCCGAAUUUGAUUCCGGUUUUAUACGCUUUUCAUGUUUAUUUUCUUCUUGAGAUAAUUCUAGCCGUUACUGCAUUUUUGGCUCGAGCCAUAUUAGGGAUUGAGCUCGAGCCGCAGUUUAAUGAGCCGUAUUUGUCAACUUCGCUUCAAGAUUUUUGGGGGCAUAGAUGGAAUUUAAUGGUGACUAGUAUUCUACGCCCGACUGUAUAUGAACCCACCCGGUUUAUCUUCACGCGCUUCAUCGGAAGGACGUGGGCUACACUGCCGGCUGUUUUUGGGACGUUUGUGGUAUCGGCGGUUAUGCAUGAGCUGAUGUUUUAUUACUUGGGGCGGGUUAAACCCACCGGAGAUAUUUCUGUGUUUUUUCUGUUGCAUGGGUUUUGUUUGACGGCUGAGAUUGCUUUGAAAAAAGCGUUGAAUGGGAGGUGGCGGCUGCCUGGUUUGGUAUCUGGAUUUUUGACCGUUGGAUUUGUUUUGACGACGGGUUUUUGGUUGUUUUUUCCGAAGUUUGUACAGUAUAAGAUUGAUGUUAAGGCGUUUGAGGACUACGCGGCGUUAGGGGCGAUUGUGAAGAAUGCCAGUGAAAGUGUAGUGCAUUUUUGGAAGAGUCGUUGACGGUUGUGAUUUUAGUCUAUGGUUUCUAGUAGUCGUGAUAGACGGUCUUGAUUUGCUUAUAGUGUGUCGAUGUGGAGCAUGAUUUUCAUUUUGUGCUUAAAACAGAAUUUUGAUCCCAAAGUUUUGACAAAAAGUGUAGCAAAAUUAUCUCAAAUUUUGUAAUUUAAUACUAUAUAAUCUGAAUUUAUAUAUUUUAUGUAA